ACAUGUUCGGGUCGACGACACUCUACUGGAGAGCCGUGCUGCUCGUCGGCCUGGUUGCGGCGUUUUACGACGCAACGGUCUCUACAACGCAUAGAUUGAACGUGCCUCGGGUCCUGUUGCCUGUAUUCAACAAUUUCGCGGUGAAUUUCACGCUAGAGGUGACAGACGGCGGUUGCUAUAAAUGGUCUACCUCGCGUUUGGAUAUUAUACAGCUGAUUCCUAUAAACGAGAACUUUGACAGAACAUGUUCUCCAGCGGUAUUGAUUCAAACUAUAACGAGAGAACUGACGAGGAACACUGCAAUUGUCUUGGCAGAGGACAUCAAUACUGGUUACUUUCUGAGAUGCGAUAUUAUAGUAGAUGCAAUUUUCUCUCUAAAUCUUAUUACUACUACGAGAGAGUUAUACAUCGAGGAUAUACCUGAAGCCUUUGAGGUUCGAGCAUACGAUGAACACGGAAAUGAGUUUACAACUCUAGCAGGCAUAGAAUUUGUAUGGAGUAUUGGCGAUGCUAAUAAACACAUGCCAUCGGACAGUAAAACUACGAGCAAUGUGCUUCGUUUUAUGACUUACGAGGAGUCACAGUACGAAAGGCCCGUCAGUAUAGCUACGUUAGAUAGUGUUGACAAAAGAGGUCACAUUGUUCUCAUAGAAGGUGUUAGAACCGGCACGGCUAAGGUAUCUGUUAGAUUACCGCAUUCGGAGUAUAAAUAUGUUCCAUCCAUAGAAUUGGAAUUGGUUGUCAUUGCCAAUUUAAUCAUCAUUCCACCAGAGAUAACAAUAAUGGCCCACGACAGCUUUAGAUACAAGAUAAUGCACACUCGUCAGGGUCGCUUAGAGGAAAUCAGCCUGCCUUUGAGCCAGUAUUAUCUGGAAGCCGAAAGUCCCGAUAUAUUAGAGAUCGAUAACGAUCGUGAUUUUGCCUAUGGACGUAAACUGGGACGUACGAAGGUGUUCCUACAUGAUAAGAACGUCCGUGAAGAGUAUCCGGUUAUUCUACCUUCAGCUAUAGUUAACAUACACGAAGUUGCAUAUAUCUCCCUUUCUGUUUUACCAAAUAGAAACUGGGGAUUAGUAUUAGGUCACGCUCACGAGAUCGUUGUUGAACUAUACAAUAGCAAAGAUCAUAAAUUCCACAUCGGAGAAGGCGUAGAAGUCUCCAUGAAAUUAAACGAGCAAUAUUUAGAACCGAAGUCGAUUACACAAAAUGGUACUUAUGCUAUCGUUAUACCGAUCGUCUGUGGAAUAACGACCGUGGAAGCGAUGUUGCGCGGUAUAAUCGAUGAACAUGGCAAGAGGAUUGCCUUUGAGCCACAGCUUUCUACGAGAGCUGAACUCACGAUACACACACCAGUAAAGAUUCAACCUCGCGUCUUGGCUGUUCCAUGGGACAUUGUGAACAAGUCUAGAUUUGACAUAAUGUUGAAAACGAGCGGAGGAGACGGGUCGUACGUUUGGUCCAGUAGACAACCGUCGAUACUAGCUGUCUCACAGAACGGUGGUAUCAAAAUUCUGUCAGCGGGUACGGCGGAAGUAGUUGUCAUGAUGGCAAGAAAUCAGUACAACAGAGACACGGCGAAGAUACAUGUAUUGCCUCCUGUAAAGCUGAAAAUUAUCGAGUAUAACAUGGAGGCGGCUAUAGGAGAACCUAUUCAUUUGCACGUCGCAUUAUUUGGGCUACUGAUUAAUGGAUCCGAUGCCAGGGAGAUACCCUUCAGCGACUGCAAGGAUGUCGAUUUUGAAGUACAUAUCCCGGACGUGAAUUUCGUACGGAGUUAUGAUAAGAAUGCACAACCGGUUGGCGCCGCGUGCGCCGUGAUAACCGUAAUAAACUAUCGCAGCGUUGGUACAUCCGACGUGACCGUUGCCUACAAUGCGAACAACAACGAUGUGAUUGACCACUAUUUAACAGACAAUGUCACCGUGUCAGCAUACGAGCCGCUCGCGGCGAUACAUCCAAAGAGUAAGGAAACGUUACUCACUGUAGGGUCCUCAAGGUACGUAGUAUUUAAGGGCGGACCGUUGCCGUGGACGAAUAAAUCUCAAGAUUACUCGCGGGAGAUACAUCUAUCGAACGAGGAGAUUGCCGAAGUGGCCGAAUAUGAAAACUCAUUAAGCGGACCAUUCGACAGAGCCGUUCUCAAAGUGAUUUGCAAAACAUUAGGUAAAACUGCGUUGACGUAUACGGUGUCGAAUGUGCCCCUGUUCUUGAAUUGUCGGCGCACUCACGCAUCGGAAACGAUUGAGAUUGUCUGUGGCAAGCCCAGGUACAUCUAUCUACAACCGGAAUUCAAGGAGAUACACGAUAAGAAUUGCCCGAUCAGUAAGAACACGGAUAAGAUAAUGGCGCACAGCCAUAAGCAUCUGAAGAUCGCUGUGAUUAUCAAAGAUGAGGAUGGCAAGCAGUUUGACAAUAUCACGAGUUUGAAUAUCGAGUGGAACUUGAAGCCGUCUGGUAGCGGCGCUGUAGAAAUCCAAUCUAGCACGAUGGAAGAGACUUGGACGGACAUGAAUGUGGUUUUGCCGAAGAGUCACUAUCAAAACAUCAUUUUCAAGAAGCAUCAUGGAGUUCUCACGAUAUUCGCGACUGUGACUGGCUAUCAGAAACUCGUCCUUAACAGACUGAAAAUCUCACCGGAAUGGCCACCGUUUCCCAUCGAGAACGAGAGAGGCGGAGUAGAGACUCCACUGAUAGAAGCCUCUAUAGAGGUGACUUUAGUGAACGAUACCAUCGUCAGCCCCGAUAAAUUGAUAAUUCUGAACGAUUCGAGCAUGAAGUCGUACUUGAUGGUCAGCCAAGGCUCUGGUCACUAUGAAUUAGUUCUCAGUUCGAAAGACAUAGCAGAUAUUCGGUACAUGGAUACGACGAGAACGAUCAGUGUGACGCCGAGGAAACCAGGUGUCCUUCAUAUAACAUUGAUGGAUCUCUGUCUACCCUCGAAGUUGGCGGAAGUACAUGUAGAGGUUCAACAACUCGCGGCUAUCGAAGUAGACGUCGUGGAUAAAAUCGAGAAGGGAAAAUGCGUGACAGCCGCGUUGAGACUUUACGACACGAACGACCACAUCGUGAAACUGCCCUCUCUUAAUGCGCUAGAUUUCCGCGCGGAGAUCGACAACGAACAUAUCGAGAUCAAACAAUUGCCUACUAACGAACAAGACGCCGCACCCUAUGAGCUAAUACUGUAUAAAAUCUACGGUUUGUCGGAGGGUGAAAGUCAACUGAUGUUCGUGAAGACGGGCGACCGUGAAAUACGCAGCGAGCCGAUCACCGUGCAAGUAUUUGUCCCGCUGCGAGUGCAGCCGAGGAAUCUGACGAUACUGAUCGGUACCAUUUAUCAAAUGCAGACCAUCGGUGGCCCGCCGAACGCUGAAAUCGAAUUCUCAACAGAAAGCGGGGAUAUUCUACGCGUCGAUCGCAAUGGGAUCCUUGAAGGAAAGUCAGCUGGUUGGACUGCGAUUCACGUGCGUGCCGUCGGACUCGACGCUAAGGGUAACAAAGUGAUUUACUCGGAAGAUUCCGCUGAUAUAUAUGUGUUGCAUCUUGACGGAGUAAAGAUCUCGACCCCGGUAAAUAGAGUAAAAGUUGGCGCGACGUUUCCUCUGUGGGCAUUUGGUAUCCCCGAUUAUCUGACGCCACUCAUCAUCGGUUCCAUGCAGUUACCUCUGAGUUUCGCGUGGUCAUCGAGCGAUCCUAGUCUACUGACUUUGCACAACAUGUACGAGGGCACUGGCAUUAACAUCAGAUAUCAAAAUCAAGUAUCGCUGAGGGCCAGGGCUAUAAAUCCAGGCGUGGCAACAAUCUAUUUGAACGCUACUGUACCCUGCAACAUGCUCUCUAGCUUUAACAAGAACGACAUCAUAUACACUACAUUCGUGAAAAUUGAGAUUUUUGAAGAGUUGCAUCUGACUAAUCCACCGUCGUCGGGAAACUCGGUAUUGACGAUAUUAAUGUCGCCGAACUCUGUUCUGCAGCUGCAAACUAAUCGCGACAAACACGGUACGACGACCUACAGGAUCCUGUCAAGCGCGCACAGCGACGAACCCGAGAAUCUGCGCGCCUUGACGCCCGCUGCGAAGGCCGUGACUGUGGAGAAGAAUGGAAUCGUGAGAUCCGGCGAGAAUUACGGUCAAACGAUUAUUUUAGUUAUGAAUACAGAAGCGUACAAUUUGAAGCAAUCGUUGAUGGUGGUUGUCGAAGUCAAGCCUAUUCAUUACAUGAUGCUUUCACUGAAAUCCAAACUACGUAUACGGAACGGCGAGGAGCUGAAUAUGUUACCGAAGGGAAUGGAGCUGGAUUACGUAAUUGAGUAUUAUGACAGCAUAGGAAAUAGAUUCCACGCUGCCGAGACAAAUGUUAAGGCCAUGCUAAAUCGCGCUGAUCUAGCGUCGUUCACCGCAGGCGCGGGUAACGUUAUCACCGCUAGAUUUCUAGAGAAUGGCGAACUAGUUGUGAAAACCUUCAAUGAGAAACAUCCUAGUGGAAUAUACGACUACGUUCACAUGAUGAUCGGCGAUAUCAUAUUUCCGACGAAGACUACCCUGACUAUCGGCGAUAUAAUAUGCUUCUCCAUGCCGCUUCUCUCAUCUGAUGGUGAUCCAGGAUACUGGCAAACCUCCGCGCCCGAAAUAUUGUUGGUAGAUCCUAUCACGGGUAUAGGUCGCGCACGAAACGUCGGGCAUGCCGUUAUAAAACAUAGUCUCGCGACACACGUGCAAAGUGAAAUAGAAGUCAACGUUCUACCAGUCGCACGGGUAUCUAUAGUUCCUUUGAGAGGAAGAAACAUUACUGGCACAGAAACUUUCAGCGUGCCACUUGUGCUGAAGGGGAAAGAUGAGGAAAUCAAAGAAAAUAACGUAUUGGCAAGAGGUUUGGGCGGUUGUCGGACAUUAUCGUCAUUCGCAUUAAACGCGUUUCCCUAUUCAUGUAACAUUCAGUUUGUUUCAUCAACCUCUUCAAUUGGCGUGAAGGACCUAUUCGUAGUGAAGCCGCGAUUCGAUAUCGUGACAGGCUUCUAUUACUGCGACAUCAUACCAAUGAGUUCUCCGACCAUAGCCGCCAGUAUAUUAGAGAGUCAUAUUCAAAUUAAUGUCCAGAGCCGGGACAUUGAAUCGACAGCUUUGGAACUCGCUUAUUUGCCACCUGUAUAUAUCGAUGCUAAGGAGAUUAUGUUUGUCAACACACAAAGUAGUAGUGCGCCGUCGACAACGCUAGAGGUGUAUGGCUUGCCGACGGUAUUACAGUAUCUCACUGUUGACGUACCGGAUGGUGUGGCCAUCACUUGGCAACAUGUUUCCAAAUUUACAAUACAAUAUAGAUUGCGUUUAAUGGAUAAUCAAGACGAGAUUCAAGGACAAAAAGUGUUUAUUGCGAACGAUUUGACCAAGCAAAACAUAUCUCUUCGCAUACGUGUUUCGAGAUAUAAUCAAUUCAUCCCUAUGUCCGGAGUACAAUGGGUCAAUUACAUGUAUUUUCACAGAUACACGCUGGGAACGUUCGCUGUUAUUGUGAUUACAAUUUUUUAUGUUUGGAAACAUAAAGUAGCGGCUGUCGAUUUAACAAUCAGAAACAGAACUAUUUUUGCUGAUAAAUCACCGCCGAUGAUAAAAAAGACGAUCUGUACUUCGUGUACAACUACUCCAACAGCCACUACUCCGAGUAGCAGCCCGCUUCGAACUCCACCAUUAAGGCCGUUUUCGGCAUUUGAAUCAUCUGUUUAUGGUGACCCUCGUAGUUUCGGCACACCGUAUAUUAGAAGAAGAGAUAUAUGUUAGAAUUCUCUGAAUUAUUGACGAAAAUUUGUUAGAAAAUAAUCCGUUCCAAUAUUUUUUCGCUAAGAAAUAUUUAAAUUAA